GUGUGGUGGGAGGGGUUUAGUGGAGCCACUUGUUUCCUCUAAUUAGCUGCGUGUGCCGGUGAAGAAUCUCAGUAGAGAGACCUCCCCAAGGCGCACAGGCAUCCAGGGGCCACUUCACCUGUGCGAGGACUCCUGCGUGAAGAAGAGCGACUGGGAGCCGGAGGAGCCGGAGGAGCUGCGGACCUGAAGCUCAGUGCGCUCUGCCCCGUCUGCUGCUGCGACACAGACACAAGCUGAAGCCGCGGGGUUCAAAAAGAAAAGAAAAAAGUCUUGAACUUUUCUCCUGCAGACCCGCUCCGGUGUGCACCGCUCCUCCGUGAAGCAGCUUCUCUCUGGCCCUGCUGAGCUCGGAGGGGCCCUCGGCUGCUGUGUUGCGUGUCCGACCUACAAGUCAGCACCGGGACUUAAAAGCCCGCUGUCAGGAUGAUGUCCUACAUAAAGCAACCCCAUUACACCAUGAACGGGUUAAAUCUGCCUGGUCCCGGAAUGGAUGUGCUUCACACAACCGUCGCUUAUCCAUGGUUCGCAGCCACUCCCCGGAAGCAGCGCAGGGAGCGCACCACCUUCACCCGGACACAGCUGGACAUCCUGGAGGCGCUGUUCUCCAAGACCCGCUACCCAGACAUCUUCAUGAGGGAGGAGGUGGCCCUCAAGAUCAACCUGCCGGAGUCACGUGUGCAGGUUUGGUUUAAAAACCGCCGUGCCAAGUGCCGCCAGCAGCAGCAGCAGAGCAGUGGCCAGUCCAAGCCGCGUCCUCCCAAGAAGAAGGCCUCUCCAGUGCAGGAGCCCGACGCCCCUGGUCCUGUCCCUAACCAGUCUAGCUCCUACAGCCCCUCCUCUGGCCAGUCAGGGUCCACCCUGGCACCCAGCUCCAGCACUGGAAACGCAGCUGUGUCCAUCUGGAGCCCUGCCAUGUCACCCCUGCCUGACCCCCUGGCUUCCUCAGCCCAGUGCAUGCAGCGGCCCUCACCUUACCCCAUGAGCUAUGGCCAGCCAUCGGCUUACACCCAAGGCUACGCCAGCACCACCUCCUACUUCACUGGCUUGGACUGCAGUGCCUACCUGUCCCCCAUGCACUCGCAGCUGUCGGGCACAGGGGGCGCUCUCAGCCCCAUCACCGUGCCCUCAAUGGGGGGCUCCUUAAGCCAGUCCCCGGCGUCUCUGUCCUCACAGGGCUACAGCACAGCCUCCUCCCUGGGCUUCACCUCUGUUGACUGCCUGGACUACAAGGACCAGCAGGCCUGGAAACUGGGCUUCACCACAAUGGACUGUCUGGACCACAAAGACCAAAACUCCUGGAAGUUCCAGGUGCUCUAGAAGGCGAGGGAGAACUUGUUAAAGUGUUUCAAACAUGUGCCGAACAUGUCAUGUGUGUCAGUGAGUUCUGUUUGAGAUAGUUUGAGGCAUGUUCUGCCCGAGGACUUGUUAUCCUUGAUUCUCAGUUUCUUGUUUGUAAGGUUUUGUUUGAUUUUCUAAAGUUGAUCUCUGUAGAGAUGCAUUUCAUGAUGAGAGGACAGUGACUGUCACUAACG